AUGGCCUCCAACGAUGUGCUGCUGUUUCUUACGGCCGCCGACCGCGAUGAGCAGUGGGAGCAUGACCUGUUCCAGAGAAUCCCAGGAAAGCUGCAAGUCCGAUGGGAGAACCUUCGCCAACCCGACGGCUCGAUAAGGAACGUGGUGGACUUGGAUCGCAAAAUCUUUGAGGACGUUACCAUCCUGUUCACAUACACGCCUGUCCCGGUAGAAUGGAUCCCAAAGGUCCGAUUUGUCCAGCUGAGCAGUGCUGGCUCAGAUCUUUGGGCAGAACAUCCCAAGUUCUUGGAUAGUGGUGUCAGGUUUGCAACUACCAGUGGUUCUACCGCACCACAAAUCGCGGAAUGGGUUAUCGGGGCUUGGAUCAAGUUCCAACAUUUCUUCCCCGCGUACGACCAGUUCCAAAAGGAAUGUAGUUGGCAGCCCACCCUCGCCCGACAGGUAGAAGAUUCAGUGGGCCUUCGAGUAGGCGUUCUAGGAUACGGCGCCAUCGGACGUCAAGUCGGACGUCUCUGCCGGGCGUUAGGCAUGGAACUGUACGCAUUCACAGCCAACGAGCGUCCAACCGUUGAGUCUCGCGAGCACCGCGGCUUCAGAAUUCCGCAUCUGGGUGAUGACAAGGGCGAGUUCCCGUCAAAAUGGUUCCACGGAAAGACCAAGGAGGCCCUGAACAACUUCCUCUCCCAAGGAUACGACCUGCUCAUCAUAUCACUGCCAUUGACCAAGCUCAGCGAGAAGCUCAUGAGCGCGGAGCAGUUCAGGAUACUGAGCAAGAGGAAGACCUUUGUUGUGAACAUUGCGCGCGGUCCGAUCGUGGACCAGGACGCGCUUAUCGAGGCUCUUGAGACGGGCUUGAUCCGGGGUGCGGCGCUGGAUGUCACGGACCCCGAGCCGCUGCCUGCGGAGCACCCGCUGUGGAAGGCCAAGAACUGUAUGAUCACGCCCCAUGUCAGCUGGUUGUCGACUCACCAGCUUGGGCGGAUCAAGGGGAUCCUGGCGGACAACCUGGAGAGGCUUUACAAAGGGGAGAAGCUCAUGAAUGAGCUAAGCUAUGAGUCGAGAACACACCAUGAGUGA